UCUGUGGAGGUCUGCAGGAUCAGAGGGUCUGAAAGAAUCUGCAGGUUUAGGGAGGACUAGACGGUGUGAGGACUCCGGGGUCUCUUCAGCUCUUUUCUGGUUUUUGUGGGUCUCUUCAGGUCUCCGAGGACUCGGACUAGUUUUUGUGUUUUUUUUGGAGGAGGUUCUGAUCCGGAUCAUGUUGCAGCUCCAGGUCUCGGUCCUUCUCGCUCUACAGGUGUUCACCUGUGCUCAGGAGGGCGGGGCUCAGGUUGAUGUCAGCCUGCCAGAGUUCAGUGACGUCUGCACAGAAGGCAGCUGUUAUCCGGCAACAGGAGACCUUCUGAUUGGUCGAGCCCAUCAACUGUCAUCCACCUCCACCUGUGGAUUUAAGCGCCCUGAACCAUUCUGCAUCGUCAGCCACCUGCAGGAGGAGAAGAAAUGUUUUGUGUGUGACUCAGCUGAUCUGUACGACGAGUUCAACGGUCAGACGAGUGGUCAUCGUGUCGAGAACGUCGUCACAACGUUCGCUCCGAACAGACUGAAGACUUGGUGGCAGUCUGAGAACGGUCAGGAGAACGUCACCAUCCAGCUCAACCUAGAGGCUGAGUUUCACUUUACACACCUCAUCAUGACCUUCAAGACCUUCAGACCUGCUGCCAUGGUCAUCGAACGGUCACCUGACUUCGGGAAGACCUGGCAGGUUUAUCGAUACUUUGCAUACGACUGCGAGACUUCUUUCCCGACUGUUUCCCCGGGUCCAAUGCAGAAGGUCGAUGAUGUCAUCUGUGACUCUCGGUACUCUGACAUUGAGCCAUCAACAGAAGGCGAGGUGAUUUUCAGAGUUCUGGACCCGGCGUUCAGGAUCGAUGAUCCAUACAGCCCCAGGAUCCAGAACAUGUUGAAGAUCACCAACCUGAGGGUCAAGUUUACUAGACUGCACACACUCGGAGACAACCUGCUGGACCCGCGGAUGGAGAUCAAAGAGAAGUAUUACUACGCCGUCUAUGACAUGGUGGUCCGAGGAAACUGCUUCUGCUACGGACAUGCCUCCGAGUGCGCCCCCAUCGAGGGUGUAGGGCUCCCCAGAGAGGGCAUGGUUCAUGGUCACUGCAUGUGCACCCACAACACUAAAGGUCUGAACUGUGAGCAGUGUCAGGACUUCCACCACGACCUGCCCUGGAGACCAGCUGAGGGAAGAAACGCCAACGCCUGCAAGAAGUGUAACUGUAACCAGCACUCUGGUUCCUGUCACUUCGACAUGGCAGUGUUCGUAGCUUCAGGAAACAUCAGUGGAGGAGUUUGUGACGACUGUGAGCACAACACAGCCGGACACAACUGUGAGCAGUGUCAACCGUUUUACUACCAACACCCGAAGAGAUCCGUCAGAGACCCCAGAAUCUGCCAACCCUGUAGCUGUGACCCUCUGGGAUCUCUGAAUGGAGGAAUAUGUGACGGAAUGACGGACAUUUGGGCUGGUCUAAUUGCUGGUCAGUGUCGCUGUAAAGUCAACGUGGAGGGAGAACGGUGCGAACGCUGCAAAGAGGAGCAUUACGGGCUGAGCGGCGAGCCUGAAGGCUGCAGAGCUUGUACUUGCAGCGCUGUGGGAACAGUUCCUGGAGGAAACCCCUGCGACAGUGAAACAGGAAGUUGCUUUUGUAAACGUCUGGUGACUGGACGAGACUGUGACCAGUGUGUGUCUGAACACUGGGGACUCAGUAAUGAUAUGGAUGGCUGUCGACCAUGUGACUGUGACCUGGGAGGAGCCAUUAACAACCAGUGUGAUCAGGUGAGUGGUCAGUGCGUGUGCAGGGAUCACAUGUUCGGUCGUCGCUGUGAUCAGGUCGAGUCUGGAUUCUACUUCAUCGCUCUGGAUCAUUACACUUAUGAGGCGGAGGAUGCCAACUUUGGACCUGGAGUGACGGUCAUCCCGAGGCCACACCCCCUGGACCGCAGUCCCACCUGGACAGGUACCGGCCUGGUCAAUGUCCCAGAAGGAGCCUACCUGGAGUUCUCUGUGGACAACAUCCCCCACUCCAUGGAGUAUGACAUCAUCAUCCGCUACGAACCACAGCUGCCUGACCAAUGGGAGGAGGUUCUGAUGACGGUGAUGAGACCUGGACCAAUCAGAGCAGACAGUCGUUGCGUCAACACAGUUCCUGACGAGGAUAACCAGAUGAUCUCCCUUCACCCCGGCUCACGGUACGUGGUUCUUCCCAGACCGGUUUGCUUUGAGUCUGGUUUGAACUACACGCUCCGUCUCAGUUUGCCUCUGUACUCGGCGCUCAGCGACGUCCAGUCUCCGUACACGCUCAUCGACUCGAUCGUCCUGAUGCCUCACUGUAAGAACCUGGAGAUCUUCUCGGCCUCAGAGGGAGGAGACUCUAGCGGUUGGGAGACGUUCCAGCGGUAUCGUUGUCUGGAGAACAGUCAGGGUGUGAUCAGGUCCCCGAUGACUGAAAUCUGCAGGAACUUCAUCUUCAGCAUCUCAGCCAUGUUGCACCAGGGAGCCAAAGAAUGCCGGUGUGACCCUCAGGGCUCCCUCAGCACUGUGUGUGACCCCAGCGGAGGUCAGUGUCAGUGUCGCCCCCAUGUGGUCGGCAGGAACUGUGACAGAUGUGCUCCGGCCACAUUUCAGUUUGGACCCAACGGCUGCAGAGCAUGUGCGUGCGACCCUCAGGGGUCACAGGGUUCGUUCUGUGAUCAGCUGACUGGUCAGUGUGUGUGUGUUUCUGGAGCGUACGGGCGUCAGUGUGACCGAUGCCUGCCGGGUCACUGGGGCUUUCCCACCUGUCGACCCUGCACCUGCAACGGACACGCCGACAACUGUGACCCCGAAACCGGACGCUGCUUCAACUGCAAGGACCACAGCACAGGACACACCUGUGACAGGUGCCUGGAUGGUUACUAUGGAGACCCAGUGUUGGGGUCGGGUGACCACUGUCGUCCGUGCAGGUGUCCUGACGGCCCUGGCAGCCUGCGGCAGUUUGCAGGAAGUUGUUACCCUGGUGACGAGUCUCAGCAAGCCAUUUGUGUGUGCAACACGGGAUACAAAGGUGCUCGCUGUGACGCGUGCUCACCAGGUUACUAUGGUAACCCAGAGGAGGCGGGGGGGCAGUGUCAGCCGUGUCAGUGCAACAACAACAUCGAUGUGUUGGACCCCGAGUCCUGUGACAGCCGGACGGGCGAGUGUCUGCGCUGCCUGUACCACAGUGAGGGCGUGGCCUGUCAGAGCUGCAGGCUGGGUUACUAUGGCAACGCCCUGCUGCAAGACUGCAGGAAGUGCGUCUGUAACCAACUCGGGACUGACCAGCCCAGCUGCCCGGCACCCGGUCAAUGUCACUGCGAGCGCAGUGGCGGCCAGUGUCGCUGCCUGCCCAACGUAAUUGGACAACAAUGUGACCACUGUGCCCCCAACACCUGGAACAUGGCGAGCGGCAGCGGCUGUCAGAACUGUGACUGUGACCCUGAACACUCCCACGGGACAUCCUGCAACGAGAUCAGCGGGCAGUGCUCCUGUAUGCCCGGUUUUGGAGGAAGAACAUGCAGCGACUGUCGAGAGCUGUUCUGGGGCGACCCGGAGGCCCAGUGUCAUGCAUGUGACUGUGACCCUCGGGGGAUCUCUCAGCCUCAGUGUCACAAAGGAAACGGUCACUGCAUCUGUGUCGAAGGCGUCUCAGGUCCUCGCUGCGACAUCUGUGCCCGUGGUUUCUCUGGAACUUUCCCCGACUGUCAGCGCUGCCACCAGUGCUUCUCUGAGUGGGAUCAGGUCAUAGGUCAGUUGACCAAUCAGACUCACCGCCUCGUCAACAAGGUCAAUGCCAUCAAAGCUAGUGGCAUCAGCGGCCCGUACAGGAAGUCAAUAGACAGCAUGGAGAGGAGCAUAACCGACAUCCGACUCCUCAUGAACCAGAACCCCGCCUCACAGCCGCUGACUGAGAUUCAGGAGCUGCUGCAGCAGAGCAGUGAUCUUAUGGGGGCCCUGAGCCAGAUGUUGAACCACACUGAGCAGACUCUGGUCCAGUUGGAGGAUCUGGACUUGGCUGCAGAAAGCAAACUGGACACUGUGAUGUUGGAUGCUCAGAAACUGGAGCGGACGGUUCAGGAGCUGCUGGAUCAGGUGGAGUUCAUCAAGAACUCUGACAUCAGAGGGGCGACAGACAGUGUCACUAAGUACUUCCUGCAGUCUCAGGCAGCAGAAGCCCGCGCCAACACCUCAACUAUCGACACUGGCAGCCUUGUGGAAACCUCAAGCUCUCUACGGCAGCUCACAGAGGACAAACUGAACCAAACCAGAGAGGAGUUUCUGAAGAGACACUUGGAGCAUGCUCAUAGACUGGACGACCUCGCAGGAAAGCUGCAGACUCUGGACCUAUCAGAGCUCAGCCACAAGACCUGCGGUAGUCCAUCAUCAGGUCAGGAAUCAUGCAGCUCCUCCUCUUGUGGAGGUCUGGGCUGUGUGGACUCAGAGGGUCGGACCAGGUGUGGAGGUGAACUAUGUGACGGCGUGGUGACAACGGCCAACAGGGCCUGGAUAAAGGCCCAGGACUCUGAACACAAGAUCCUCGGCGCCAUGGAGGAGGUGGAAAAACUCUCCAAGAUGGUGUCAGAAGCCAAAUUGAAAGCAGACGAAGCUAAGCUGAGCGCUCAGGACGUCCUGAUGAAGACCAACAGGACCAAACAGAGAGUGGACCAGAGCAACGAGGAGUUGAGAAGCCUCAUCAGACAGAUCCGAGAUUUCCUCACACAGGACGCUGCAGACCUGGAGAGCAUCGAGCUGGUGGCUAACGAGGUUUUGGCCAUGCAGAUGCCAACCACACCAGCUCAGAUGCAGAACUUGACCAACGAGAUCCGACAGAAGGUGGGAGAACUGGGACAUGUGGAGACCAUCCUGCAGCAGAGCACUGAUGACAUCCAGAGAGCUGAGAACCUGCUGGCCCAGGCCCGCCGAGCAAGUGAGGAGGCGGUCAAUGUCAAGGACUCUGCUGAGAAGGUGAGAGGAGCUCUGGAAGAAGCAGAACGAGCCCAGACCGCCGCCAGCAACGCCAUCCAACAGGCCGCUGCCGACAUUCAGAACACCAACAAACUGCUGUCUUCUGUUGAGUCAGAAACGGCAGAUGCAGAGUUGAGGCUGAAUAAUGCUACACAGAGGUUACAGAGGCUGGAGCAGGACGUGACACUGCUGAGGGACAAAACUCUGAACAUCACUCUGAGCACAGAACAGAACAAUCAGGCUGCUUUGAUCAUUGGAAACAUAGCUGAGGAGGUCAAGAAGGACCUGGACUCUGAGCUAAAGGAGAAGUACACCACAGUGGAGGAGCUGAUUGGUCACAAGGCAGGGGGCGUGGCUGAGGCAAAGAAGAGGGCGGAGUCACUGCAGCAGGAAGCCAAAGAUCUGCUUCUCAAAGCCAGCAACAAACUGCAGUUGCUCAAAGAUCUGGAGAAGUCGUAUGACGACAACCAGCGCUCCCUGGAGGUGAAGGCGGAGCAGCUGGUGGAGCUGGAGGCGGCUGUGAAGGAGCUGCUGACAGAGAUCAGCCACAAGGUUACCGUCUACAGCACCUGUGUGUUCUAAGGUCACAGCACCUGUCUGUUUCUGCGGUCAAAGGUCAAACUGAUUGAACAUUUUUCAUCUGAGAAGAAUCAGUCAUUGGAGAAUCUUUUUGAUUACAAAGUCAGACUCUAAGAUAAGAUUAAACAACCCAGUGCUUCUGAACUCAUCAUGGAAACUCUGUCAGCUGCAUUCAAAGAUCGUAGAAAUUCAAACAUUAACAAAGAUUAAAGCAAAGGUUUGAUGGUUUCCUUUGAUGGCAUUUAACAUCUAUUUGACCUCCAUCUGACCUGUAUUUGACCGUCACAUGACCUUCAUUUAACCUCUAUUUGACUGUCACAUGACCUUCAUUUGACCUCUAUUUGACCUCCAUGUGACCUGUAUUUGACCUUCAUAUGACUUCAUUUGACCUAAAUGUCACAUGUAUUUGACCUCCAUUUGACCGUCAUUUGACCGUCACAUGACCUUCAUUUGACCUCCAUUUGACCCCUGUUCUUACGUGUUGUUCAGUCUUUCAAUCAAUUGAAUGUGUUGAAAUAAAUCAGGAUGAUUAUUUGAUCGCAGUCGAUAUUUUUUUUUAUUCUUCUUACGUUAGUUUUUUUUUUUUUACACAUUUUUAAUAAAAGCUUCCAUUUCAAAUCAAA